AUGUCCACUCCACCUUCUCCCAAAAUCUUACACCUUCUCCCCAAUGAACCCACAAAUCCCCCUCAGUCCCACCCAAAAUCUCAAAUCCGAAUAUACACCCGUCCUCAGCUGCUCGCCCUCCACAGCUCUCCACUCGUCAAACUUCCACCAAACAUGCCUGAGCUGAAGCAUUGGUUUGGCUCUGAAAAUGAGCAAAUGCUUUCCAAGAAGGAAUCAGAGCCCCCAACUUCUGCUACGGCAAGAGAACGACGAGGAUGGAGGUUUCUAUUCCCUUCCCCCUCUCUGAUUUUCGUCACUCACACCUCUCGUUUCCUAGAUGCCUCUUCUCGACCGUCUUUUCGUUCAACACUUUCUCAGCCUUCGCAGAUGGGUAACUUCAAGCACCAGUCACUUCGCGACAGAGACAAGGACCGCGAAAAAGAUGGAGAGAAAGAACGAGAGAGAGAGAAGGAUGGUCAUGAACGUCUGCGGCAUCUAUCAGAUAAAUAUGACAGAGAUCGGCUUGCUCUUCCUAUGUCCAAUUCUAGGGGUAAAGAAAGAGAUACGGCACCACACUUGGUUGCCACAGCCUCGAACAGGGCAACCACCCAACCGCAGUCUUCAAAUUCCGCUUCUCGACGUGCGGAAAUCAGGGAAGCUGCCAAAAAGAAAAUUGGCGAAGCAAGCGAAGACUGGAGAAGAGGUGCUGAGCCUCCACGCAAUGCUCGAGAAGAUCGGUCCGAUACUAGCCGCAAGGAACGCGACGAACGCGCUCGUUCUCGGCCUCGCGACUCUUCAAGGAUUAGGCGCGAUCCCUCUAUCUCUGCAAAAGAGCAGCGAGACCGUGAGGAUGGGCGGGAAAGAGGGUCACGAGCGGACCGUGGUCGAGAUGACCCACGGCGAGAGAAGGAGGAUAAUGGACGCGACAGAGAUUUAGAGAAAGAUUUUGAUGAUGAUCCCCGUCGCUGGCGGGAUGAUGGCAAACGCGAUGAGAGGAUGGCGGCCAAACGAGGCGAACGUGAUCGGGACCGCGCACGUGAUAAACCCGUUCAUGAACAGGGUGGAUCAAGUGAUCGUCGUUGGACUGCAGGUGAAGAUAGAGAUGGACGUUAUAAACGACAACCAAUGCGCGACAAACGGGAAGACGCCAAAGAAAGAGAGGACCGGGGGGGCCGAGAUCGAGAGAAAGAGCCUGCCUGGAUGGAUACCUAUGUUCCCAGCGAAACAGGACCAGGCAUACUUGGUGGCAAGGGAGACGCCGGCGAGCUCGACGGGAUACAGGCUUGGAAGAGGGGUAUGAAGGAGAAGGAAGAGCAGGAAAAGGCAUCUUCGGGCUUUCUUGAACAAGAGAACGUAUCGGCGGCUCCAGAGGCGGCUGAGAAACAGCUGGAUGAAAUUCAGUUAUUCAAGUUGAUGAUGAAGAGGGAGGAAAGCAAGAGAACACAAACAGAUAGCGGAACAAAUGACCUACCGGCUUCAACAUCCGCAGAAGGCACUUUUUGUUCUUAUCAAGGUUUUCUUCAAACUAAUUGGUCUUUUUUUUACUCCGUAGCUCCCACUGCGGAAGGUCAAGAUAAAGCUGAUGCACAGCAGCCUCGGCUUACACUUCCGUCCCGUGCUGCUUCCCAUCAAACUGGUCCUCCGACAAUCAAGUCUGAUGUCAUCCAUCAGUCCCAGACGUUUACAAGCACCGAGGAGAUUCCCUCUAACCAGCUGAACGUUGCACCUGUCCAGCCAGAUAGCCUCGUUAACACAGAGCAACGCUUGUCCGAAGCUUCCCAACCUGCUUUCAAUCCUCCUGCUGGCUCUCGUCUUCUCGCGUUUGCUCGUACGGCGGCCAAAUCUCCUGCAACACUUGGCCAAAUUGGCAACGGCCAGCCCCAGAACGGCACUGUGCAAUCUCCCGAAGCAGAUCAUAUUUCCCGCCAAGGAUUUCUGAAGCACGAGCAGCCUAGAGCUACAUCUGGCUUCUCGCCUUUCGAAAAUCAAAGCCGCCAAACAUAUCUCAUAGACGAAGGCCGGCACCCAGGGAACUCUACAAACUUUCCCGAUAUUCCUCACAGAGAUCGUCCUUCCUUUGCUCCCCAAUUCGAGCAUACACCCACUGAGUCUAAUGCAAAUGGAUAUGUUUCGGCCAAGGGCAGUCGAUUUGCCAAAUUCUUUGACGGCAAAGGACGAGAUCCCUCCGCAACCCAGACCAAACCACAGACGCCGACCGGCUUUUUAUCACCAUCCCCAAGUCUCGGUCAGAGGCAGGACCAAAGUGGUUUCAAUGGUUUGCAUGGCAAUCACAAUGACCCCAGAACGAUGGAUGACCUUUUUGCAAUGCUAAGCAACUCAUCCCAGGCUCAUGGAGGAGGGGCUAUCAAUCACCCUAUCUCGCUAUCAAACAUACCCCCCAACGUUCAGUUUAAUCCCCAGGGACAGAACAACAUACACCUAAUUCAACAACAUCAGCACCAACAACAGCUUCAGCCCAAUAAUCGUAUGGAACCUCUAUACGAAAGUCGUCUGGAUGAUCGUAAUUUUGUGCCUGACGGAAUGGUGCCUGGCCUUCGACCAGCACCUCCACCCUCUCGAGGUCGUGAUAACGGAGGGCCGUUCCCCGAAGCAAUUGACGAGGCCAUGCAGUACAAUUUGCAGCGUUUGGCCCAGCAGCGAGGGCUUGAGGCUUUGUACUCAGUCCCAACGCCGUCUGUUCAUAACCAACACAGCGGGAGAGGCAGUGGAUUGCCGUUGCAGCAACCCCAUUUUCGAGGCGCCCCAUCCCCAAACACAAAUCAACAAAACGCUUUGCAGAGUAAUCAUCAGCAACGGCUACCUCCUGGGUUGGCUAAUUUGGGUGGGCGUCCGCCACACGAGCCUUCUCAAUUCCUUGGUAUUCCUGGUAUCUCCGGUGCGGGCCUUCACAAUAACAUCCACACCAAUGGUCCGUCUCCCCAUCAGCCCUCGUUCAAUAAUUUCACUUCGGGCGGGAAUCUUGGUUUCGGUGGUCCACAGAUUCGUGCAACUUUUCCGGGAGGACACCAGACCUCAAAUACUCUCCAUCCACAUGCCAGCAAUAUUGAUCCUCGCUUGGCGAACCAAAGUCUUUUGGGAAAUAAUAUCGGUACUCGCGGAGUUAACCCCGGGUUUCUGCCUCAACAAGGCCCUAGUGCACAGCUGCAAGGUCCUCACCUGGGAAUGCGCCCACAACAACAACCUCAUCUGCUUCCUCAUAUGAUGCCGCACCUUCUUCCCCCUCACCUCCAACAGCAAGGGCAUCCUGGCCCCAAUGAUUUGAUGGCGUUACUCUUGAGUGGGUCUCACAGAGACUGA